AUGAAAUUACUUCUGGCAAUUUGGGCACUCUUGAUUAUACUGGGGAUGAGUAUUCUUCCUAUCAAUAUGCAGUAUGCCUCAAGACCUUUAGAUUGUGCUACUAGUAAUUCUGCUACAGUUCAGAUCAAUGACGUCAUUUUAGGUAGCGAGUACGACCAAACGUUGGCUGAGGCUAAGGCCAUGUUUAUGGACAAUCUUCAUCUACCACACCUACUCUCAUUUCAAGCAAUGGAUAACCCCAUAUAUACCUACGAGAGUACAUUGCAGAACGGCACAUCCUAUUUGAUUGCUCCAGGAGUCUAUGAUCUCAUGUUAACCUUGGAUGCUACUGGUCUAAUGACCACAGACAGGCAAGCAACCCUGCUCAAACUACUGCGAGAUAUUGACAGCAGCACAAUGAAGCCACACUGUAAGUCAAAUCUUCACGAGCUAAGCUUCACUGAUGUUCGCAGUGGUCUUCAGCUCGACAUACUUCAGAAGCAGCUUGAGCAAAUAUCUAAUUUGGAAGAAGUCCUUACUACCUACCGCCUCUACCUUCCGGCUCCCACUCCAUCACAACUUCGCAACCUCUUUAUGACUUUCUACAGCCAUGCCAAAGCUGAUCUAGCCCAGGUGUUUGUUGAGUUACAAAAUAGCCGUAAGGCAUUUGCCCGUGUAGUUGACUACUAUGCUGCUUCCCACUCAUCAUUUCAUCCUAUUUCUUUGCCUUUUCGCGACGAUAUAUCCCUGAAAGGCCGAGUCAUAUCUCUUUUGAUUCAGAGCACCAUUGACAACUUCCACCACUUAUUUAACUGGACCAAAAAGCAUCCGCUCGUUCAGACUAGCCAGAAUGCCGACCAGCACAACGAUAAAAUAAUGCAGUAUCUAUAUGAUCAGACCGUGCAGUUUAAGAAGCUUAAACAAUACGCCAUAGCAUCUAGUGUCCGUCCUGAAGACAUGAAUGAAAGGUAUAUCACCCGACCGAAUCUAAGCCUUAAUAACUUCAAGCAAUUGGUUCUUCAGCACUUCUAUACCAAAGGAAAAGAGAUGCUUCGCUAUCUCAACCAUGUUCUUGAUAAGGAACAGGCCUAUGCCUACUACAUUCUCUCUCUUCAAACCAACAAUCCAGACACCAAAUCUGUCUUAGAUGUUUUAGAUCGCCAAUCUAAAUACUUAACCACCCAAAAAGAGUUUCUUAUCGCUAAACAAAAACAUCUCAACCAAAUCAAAAACCACCAACUUCCGGUUGAUUCUGCGUCGUACUACUUCACCGCUACCCAGAUCAAUGAGAUACUAAACAAUGACCAUCAACUACCCGGGAAGGUUGAAAACAACAUUCUUGCUUUGCCAACCAACGCCAUGCUAACACCCGAGCUUAGUUCGCAAAUCUGGAAAACACUCGAUCACAACAUCCACUCCUCACUCUUUGAAGCAUUCCAAAAUUCCAAUUCCCCCAACCCACGCCAGGUAGUCAAGACCGUCCAGGAAGACUUAGAAAACUACCAGAACGUCAAGCCCGCAGGAUACGACCGCUGCUACCAAAGCAUCACCCGCCGCAUAAAUCAAAAGAUAAACGAUGCCGUCCGAAACAACACACCCGAAAACUUCCCUUCCUGGUUCCAAACCAAAGAUACAUACUAUAAUCUCUCUAAGGAAGCCAUCACCGCCAACUCUAUAAACCACCUUCGUCAAAUCGAGAUAGACCAAAUUGCAAUACUAGCCACCCAUACCAUACACCAACUAAUCGACCGUAAGUUGCAAAACACCCAGUGCCAAUCCCUAACAGCAGACAUCCAACCCAAAUUAAACUCCCUUUUCGAUAGUCUGGUGAAGAAGUUCUCCCAACCCCAACCCAUCGCCGUAGACCAAGAUACAUCCACCAAUACAACGGGGACCAAUACAGCAAAGACCAAUACAACACCCACCAAUACAGCAGACACCAAUACAGCAAACACCAAUACAACGGGGACCAACACAACGGAGAACAAUACAACAGAGAACAAUACAACGGGGACCAAUACAGCAGACACCAAUACAGCAGACACCAAAGACCCCACCACCAUCUUGAUCGACAAAAUUAUCAAUUACUUCAAAGUCAACAAUGUUACUCUAACCGCCACCGCUGUAGCGGACCAUCUUUACGACGCCUAUCCAAAGCCCACGGACCCAUCCAGAACCAACGAUCAGGAACAGAACCCCGCUCUCUCCAAGCAACAGGGCACCAAUGCCGCCGAACGGUUUGUAAUGGUCUAUAACGAAAUGGUCCUCAACCUACAAGCUCGACUCCGCAACAACUACAAAUCCAUCGGCCUGGUUAUUCCCUCCGACCGCAACGCCGACCUAAACUACAUCGAUGGCGCCCUUGACAAAAUCCGCGCAAUUCUAUCCAUCCAUCUAGACAACACCCACCAAAUUAUCUUCGAACUUGCCAACAAGAAGAACAAAGCCGACAAAUCCUACACCGAGUGCCUCCAAACAGCCAUGCCCUAUCUCACCGACCACUUCCAAGACAUAGACCAAGUCACCCGCACCAAAAUCGAAUCCGUCAUUAGAGCAAUCCUACAACCACCCAGCCCAACAUCAUCCAACUCAACAUCAGCCACUAACUCAAAACAACCCAAAACAUAA